AUGUUUGCAGCAGACCACCACCACCAACACACUUUGAAUGACGACCAUGCCGUGUCUGAUCAGCAAGUAGAGACCAUUACAGACAUUGAACCAUCCUAUGAAGAACGGGUUAGCCCAUCCUCAAGUUAUCACCGUAGCAAAUCCAUCUCCCCCGUGGCUUCUUCCCAUGCCAGUUCUGCUGCUGCUCCACCACCACAACAACCUACCACCACAAAGGCAAUCAACACCACGCCUUCUCGUAGCGCCAGCAUGAAGCAACGUCCUAAACCACGCAAGGUGAUUGGCAAUUAUACGCUUGUCAGUACUCUGGGAUCAGGCUCCAUGGGCAAGGUCAAGCUGGCUAUGCAUAAUAUCACACAAGAGAAGCUUGCUGUCAAGAUUGUACCUCGAACCUUUGCCAAUGAGAAGAGUAGUAGCACCAAGGAUAAGGAUGAGAAUCGAGAGAUCAGAACCAUACGAGAAGCUAGCAUCAUGUUGCUAUUGUAUCAUCCAUACAUUGUCAGCCUCAAGGAGAUGGUCGUGCUUGAUCCAUACUACUACUUGUUUAUGGAAUACGUCGGCGGUGGUCAAUUGUUGGAUUAUAUCAUUUCCCAUGGCAGGCUCAAGGAAAAACAUGCUCGGCGUUUUGCACGUCAAAUUGUCAGCGCUCUAGAUUAUUGUCACAGGAAUUCUAUCGUGCAUCGAGAUUUGAAGAUCGAGAAUAUCCUGAUUUCCCAAUCCGGCCAUGUCAAAAUCAUCGACUUUGGUCUAUCCAAUCUCUUUUCUCCACGAGAUCACCUUUCUACCUUUUGCGGUUCACUCUAUUUUGCAGCACCGGAGCUUCUCAAUGCAAAAGCGUACACAGGUCCAGAAGUCGAUGUAUGGAGUUUUGGCAUUGUUUUAUACGUCCUUGUGUGUGGAAAGGUGCCAUUCGACGACCAAAGUAUGCCAGCAUUGCAUGCUAAAAUCAAACGAGGUCAUGUUGAAUAUCCCAGCCAUCUUAGUUCAGAAUGCAAGAAUCUACUUUCACGGAUGCUUGUGACCAAUCCAAAUCAUCGUUGCACCAUAUCAGAGAUCAGUGUACAUCCAUGGAUGAAUCGUGGUUAUGAUGGCCCUGUCGACAAUCAUUUGCCCGAUCGAGCACCACUCAUGUUGCCGGUGGAUAUGGAAGUGAUUCGCAAUAUGACAGGCUUUGGAUUUGGAACAGAAGCCGAGAUCAAACAACAACUUGAGAAUAUUAUCACCUCUGAUGAAUAUCAAAAAGCAGCCAAGACACUUGCCAAACGAACGCGAGAUCAUCAUCAUCAACAUCAACAGCAUCAUUAUUUAACGUCUCGUCUUACGACACAUUCACCUAUACCCUCGAGCAAGAAAUCGUAUGCAAUGCCAAAUGACGAUCCUCAAUCCAUACCCGCCGCUUAUCACCCACUUGUAUCCAUUUAUUACCUUGUCAAAGAACGCAUGGAACGUGAGAGACGUGCUGCAACAUCUUCGGAUCCUGACAACCCACGAAUAUCUGUUAGCAGUACAGGCUCUUAUGAUAAUGAUGCAACAGCAGCAACAGGAAUAUCAUCAUCAUCACCCACAGGUGCUUUCCGUGUCCCUGAUAUCCCGAUGCCUGAGACAGCAGCCCAUCCAGUGGACACACCAAUUGAGCACACAUUAUUCGCACAUAAGGAUUCAAUGUAUUCUGGAAGAGGCACAACAACAGCAGGUGUCGCAUUUGGUCGACGUGGACGUACGAACAUUCGAGUGGAUGAAGAGGGGCAUAUUAUCCAAGCUGAUAGACCCAACUUGUUGGAAAGUGGAUUACAGCGUAUCAAAUCAAGGCGUAGUAAAGCUUCCGACAGCUCAUUGAUCGACGAUGAUAGCAGCAGCGAACAUGGCAACAACGUAUUCCGAAGACUGAGUCAUGCAUUACAUCGAUCAUCCACUGAAAGGAAACGAGAACGUACAAGUGCUGAAUUGAACGCUGCGAUUGCACCCAUUAUGAUCCCAUCCACUUCCGACAAAGGCAAAACAACCCAUCAUCAUCAUCAUCAAAGCAGCAAUGAACAUCAUCAACAUGGAUCAAGUUUUGGAGACAAGGUUAGCCAUUUACUUGGCAGAGCUGGCAGUGCCAAUGCUCAUGCAAAUUCCACCAAACGACCCCAUCCACAACGACGACCACGACAAGCAACAGUAACAGGUGCCAAUCCUCUUAUGGCCAAUGAAGCUUCUCGUACAAUUGCAUCUGGCAAAGCACCUGCACAAGCAUUACCACCUGAAAUUGGUCAACAACAGCAACAACAACAACAAGCCAACACAGCUAUAGAGACUCGAAAAAGCGACGACGUAUCCAAUAGAGAGAACAAUGAACCUCCACCUCACAAUCAUGAACAAGCUUUCCCUGUGAGUGCCCAUGGUGAUAGCACAUCAGCAUCUCGAGGAACGGCCGAUGAAACAGUGAAACAAGUAUUCCUAAAGGGAUUGUUUUCAGUCACCACAACAUCCACCAAACAUCCAUCCGUGAUUCGGGCUGAUUUGAUACGUGUACUGGAACGCAUUGGUGUGAAGUGGCGAGAAAGUCGUGGCCGAUUUGAAUGUGUACAUAUGCCCAGCAUUGAUAUGAAGCGUGUCAAAAAAGAUGAUGACAAGGUACCGGAUGAUUCAACUACAAGUGGUGGUGGUGUUGCUGCAACGUCUCAUGUGACGGUGCCCGAUUUGAUUGUACGGUUUGAAAUCUACAUUGUCAAGGUAUCCUGGCUACUGGGCAUGCACGGACUACAAUUUCGACGUGUUAGCGGGGAUCCUUUUCUCUACAAGAACAUUUGUAGUCGUAUUUUAGCUGAACUUAAGCUUUAA